CCGCUUUCUCUCAUUGGACCGUCAGUUUUAGGGAGCGGUGACCCACUCAAUUCGCCAGGUUAUUUAACCCAUUGACAGACCGCUCUCCGCUAUCAACCCUUCAGUUCAACAGUGUUUGGUUUCUUCUGCUCAGGCCGGCUCACACACACCGCUCAGUUUCUCACCAUGUCUCAACUCGAGGGCGCCAUGGCUGCAAUGAUCAAGGUUUUCCACAACUACUCCGGCAAGGAAGGAGACAAGUACACCCUGAGCAACGGGGAGCUGAAGGACCUCAUCAAGAACGAGCUGGGCAACUUCCUCGGGGAUCCCAAGGACCAGGCCGCGGUCGAGAAAAUCAUGAAGAUGCUGGAUGAGAACAAAGACGGCCACGUGGACUUCAACGAGUACGUGGUCCUGAUCGCCGCCAUCACCACGGCGUGCAACGAGUUCUUCAAGGAUCAGAAGAAGAAGUGAGCGUGGAGACCCCCCCCCCCCCCCACCUCUGAACCGGUCUUACAAACCAGCGCGCUGCGGUACGGAGAGAGGCCGGGGCGGUGUCGCGGAGUGCCGGCGCUGCGGGGUGAUUCACUCGUGGCACUGCUUGUGUUCCAUGCACUGUAUAUCACUGUGUACUGAGCUGUACUGGAGCCUUUCUUUCUGUCUUUCAUUGUACCACAGCAGCUGAGUUGUAAGAACCACAUCGUACUUUAUAGAAAAUAAAAUUCAAAACACACUGUCGACUGUCAGAAUGUGGAGAUUAAAUAAAGACUGUUAAUAAAAAAA